GACGUCACGGUGACGUCACGGUGACGUCAUCGAGGGGGAGGGGGAGGGGGAAUCCCGGGAAAUUCCCCUCCCCCUCCCCCGGGGAAAAAAAUCGGGAAUUUGGGGGUAAAAAAAUUGGGAAGUUGAGGUUAAAAAAUAAUAAAAAAUAAAAAAUAAAAAUAAUAAUAAUAAUAAUAAAAAAAUAAUAAUUGGGAAUUCGGCGCGAAAAAAACCUGGGGAAUUUUAACCCAAAAAAGCGGGAAUUUGCGCUUAACAAAAGAAAAAAAAGAGAAUAAAAAUAAAAAAGAAUAAAAAUAAAAAAGGAGAUUUGGGGGAAAAAAUUUGGGGAUUUGGGGUAAAAAAAAAAUCGGGAAUUUGGAACAAGCGCCGCGCUUUACGUCGUCUCUUAGCGACCAAUUCCCGCCCUUUACGUCGUGUCCUAGCAACCCAUUUCCGCCCUUUACGUCGUGUCCUAGCAACCAAUUCCCGCCCUUUCCGUCGUGUUCUAGCGCCCGAUUUCCGUGCUUUACGUCCUGUCCUAGUGACCAAUUUCCGCCCUUUACGUCGUUUCCUAGCGACCGAGCCCCGCUAUUUCCGCCGUCUCUUAGCAACGCUUCCCGCCCUACUCGUCACUUCCGGCGCGCUCCAAGAUGGCGGCGGCGAGCGGCGGCGGCCCCGGAGCGGCCGCGGAGGCCCCGGGAGGGUCCGGGGGGGCCCCGGGAGGGCCCCGAGCGGCUCCGGAGGCUCCGGGAAUUCCCGGGGGGGGUCCCGGCACCGCUCGGGGCCCUCAGGGAGCGGCGGGGCCUGCGAGGGACGCGGAGGUGGCGGUGGAGAUCGGGGAGACGUAUUUGUGCAGGAGGGCCGAUGGGAGCUGGCACUCGGCCGAGGUGAUCCAGUCCCGUCUGAACGAGCAGGAGGCGCGGGAGGAGUUCUACGUGCACUACGUGGGAUUUAACCGGCGGCUGGACGAGUGGGUGGACCGGAACCGCCUGGCUCUGUCCAAGAGCCUGAAGGAGGCGGCCCAGAAGAGCUCGGAACCGUUCCUGGGGGAACUGGCGGAACCCGAGCGCAAAAUCACCCGGAACCAGAAACGGAAACACGACGAGAUCAACCACGUGCAGAAGACCUACGCCGAGAUGGAUCCGACCACGGCGGCGCUGGAGAAGGAGCACGAGGCGAUCACCAAGGUGAAGUACGUGGACAAGAUCCACAUCGGGCACUACGAGAUCGACGCCUGGUACUUCUCGCCGUUCCCGGAGGAUUAUGGGAAGCAGCCGAAGCUCUGGAUCUGCGAGUUCUGCCUCAAGUACAUGAAGUACGAGAGGAGCUACCGGCUGCACCUGGGCCAGUGCCAAUGGCGACAGCCGCCGGGCCGCGAGAUUUACCGGAAGGGAAACAUCUCCGUGUACGAGGUGGACGGCAAGGACCACAAGAUCUAUUGCCAGAACCUGUGCCUGCUGGCCAAGCUGUUCCUGGACCACAAGACGCUCUACUUCGACGUGGAGCCCUUCGUGUUCUACCUGCUCACCGAGGUCGAUCGCCAGGGCGCGCACAUCGUGGGCUACUUCUCCAAGGAAAAAGAGUCCCCAGACGGGAACAACGUUGCUUGCAUCCUGACCCUGCCCCCGUAUCAGCGCCGGGGUUACGGAAAAUUCCUCAUCGCCUUCAGUUAUGAACUCUCCAAGCUGGAGAGCACCGUGGGCUCCCCGGAGAAGCCGCUCUCGGACCUGGGCAAGCUCAGCUACCGCAGUUACUGGUCCUGGGUGCUGCUGGAGAUCCUCAGGGACUUCCGGGGGACCCUGUCCAUCAAGGACCUCAGCCAGAUGACCAGCAUCACUCAGACCGACAUCAUCAGCACGCUGCAGUCGCUGAACAUGGUCAAGUACUGGAAGGGGCAGCACGUCAUCUGCGUCACGCCCAAGCUGGUGGAGGAGCACCUCAAGAGCGCCCAGUACAAGAGACCGCCCAUCACCGUCGACUCCGUCUGCCUGCGCUGGGCUCCCCCGAAGCACAAACAGCCCAAGGUGGCCAAAAAAUGAAAUUAAAAAAUUUAAAAAAUAAUUAAAAAAUUACAAUGAAAUUUUAAUCCGACAAGAAAAUUUUAUUUCAUUGCGGUUUUAUUUUUAUUUUCCCCCCCCAAAAUUUGGGAAUUUUCACCCAAAAAUUUUGGAUUUUUUUCUGAAUUUUUUUAGGGUUUUUUUUUUUUUUUUAAAUCCAAAAUUUGGGAGUUUUAACCUGAAAAAUUUGGGAAUUUUUACUCAAAAUUUGGGAAUUUGAACCUCGAAAAUUUGGGAAUUUUUACUCAAAAAUUUGGGAGUUUUAACCUGAAAAAUUUGGGAAUUUUUACUCAAAAUUUGGGAAUUUUAACCUCGAAAAUUUGGGAAUUUUUACUCAAAAUUUGGGAGUUUUAACCUGAAAAAUUUGGGAAUUUUUACUCAAAAUAUGGGAAUUUUAACCUCGAAAAUUUGGGAAUUUUUACUCAAAAUUUGGGAAUUUUUACUCAAAAUUUUGGGAGUUUUAACCUGAAAAAUUUGGGAACUUUUACCCAAAAGUUUUGGAUUUUUUCCUGAAUUUUUUAGGGUUUUUUUUUUUUUUUAAUCCAAAAUUUGGGAGUUUUAACCUGAAAAAUUUGGGAAUUUUUACUCAAAAUUUUGGAAUUUGAACCUCGAAAAUUUGGGAAUUUUUACUCCAAAAUUUUGGAAUUUUUCCUGAAAUUUGGUGGUUUUUUUUCCCCAAAAUUUUGGAAUUUUUCCUGAUUUUUUUUUUUACCCAAAAUUUCAGAAUUUUUACCCAAAUUUUCAGAAUUUUUCCUGAAUUUUUAUUGGGAUUUUUUCCCCUAAAAUUUUGCAAUUUUCACCCAAAAUUUUGAUUUUUUUUUUCUUCUUUCACUUUUUUACAAUUUUUGCCCAAAUUCUAAAAUUUUUCCCAAAAUCUCAGAAUUUUUCCCAGAAUUUUCUUUUUAUUUUUAUUUUUUUUUUUAUUUUUCCCCCCAAAUUCUGGAAUUUUCCCCAAAAUUUGAAUUUUUUUUCCCCAAAUUUUGAAUUUUUCUCCUCAAUUUUUUUUUUCCCAAACUCUGGAGUUUUUCUUUAAAUUUUGAAAUUUUUUUUUUUUUCCCCCUAAAUUCAAAUUUUUUUUUUUUUACCCAAAUUUUGGGGUUUUCCUCCCCAAAUUUUUGGGAUCUUUUUCCAAAAUUUUGGGACUUUCCCUUUGAAUUUUUUUUUUUAUUUUCACCCAAAUUUUUUUUGGUUUUUUUUCCUCUUUUUUUGUUUUUUUUGUCCAAAAUUUGGGAAUUUUUCCCUCUAUUUUUAUUUUAUUUUUUUUUCCCCAAAUUUUCUCAUUUCUCGCUCCUCAAUUUUCAUUUUUUUCCCUCAAAAAUUUUUUUAAUUUUUUUUUUUUCUCUCUCAAUUUUUUGGAAUUUUUUUUUUUCCCUACAAUUUUCUUUUCCCAAAUUUUGAUUUUUUUCCCCCAAAAUUUUCUCAUUUCUCGCUCCUGAAUUUUCAUUUUUUUCCCUCAAUUUUUUAAUUUUUUAAUUUUUUUUUCCUCAAUUUUUUUGGAGAUUUUUUUUUGUUUGUUUCUUCCUUCAUUUUUUUUUUUUUUA